AUGGCAAUGUUGGCAGGAAGCGAGUCAGGAGACACCAAUACUUUAUAUCUAUUUCUUGGGUCCCUCGGCGGCCGUGCCCUCGCUUCGUGCCCCCCUCCGGGCUCUCGCCGCGAGCCCCCACCCCGAAGCCCUCUCCCCGAAGCCCUCGCCGCCGCGGCCGGCCGCUCCAACACCUGCGUCACACCUGCACCGCCCGCCCUCCGCCGCACCACCGCCCGCCGCCCCGCUCGCGCCGCAAGUAAGUGCUCGCGCCCUCUCAGUCACCGUAAGGCGAACACAAAUGUGCAAAGCUUGACAAGUGCAUGGACACAUGUACACACAUAUGUGGGCAGCAUCUGUGGUAUAGUGCAAGUGUCGACUCCAACCCAUCCUGCUGCCCACCUGCCAAGACCACCUGAGUUCACCACUAUCAGGUCCAGGACGCCCCCGAGCUCCCCCGCCCCCCCAGCAGGGAGGACGAUGCCCAAGUUCCAGAAGUAUGCCAAGACAGCCUCGCAGGGCGGCGCGGGCGCAGGCGGGCCCCGCGGCUCGCCCCCGUCGCCGCCCCUCAGGACGCGCACGAGCCACCGCCUGGCGAUCUCGUCUGCGGCUGCUUCUGCGACCGCCACUUCAAGCAGCUCCGUCAGCUUCUCCAGCAACACGGUAUUGAAGGUGACGCAGUGCAAGCCCUCCGUCCACGUGAUCGCCGGGAACAACGGCGUAAACUGCACCAGCAAAACAGCAGACAGCAGUGCAAACUGCAACGGAAGGACCUCCGACAGCAGCAGAGGCGCAGAGAGCGGCGUCACCUACGGGAGCAGCAGAAGCUCCAGCAGCAGCAACGGCGACAGCUACGGCGCCAGCGCAAACUACAGCAGCAGCAGAGGCGUAGGCAGCAGCGACAGCUUAGGCUUCAGCGACAGAAGCAGCGGCCUGGCCAGCAGCAUAAGCAGCAGCGCCAAGGAGGAGAUGGAGCCGUCGGUGGAGGCGCUGGUCCCGGGCUCGCUGGCGCUGCCCGAGAACACAGUGGAGGUGCACUUCAUCCCCGACUCCGAGAGCAGCGUCGUGCGCAUCCCAGGCCGCGGCGACCUCCUGCAGCUGCGCCACCACGGCCGCGUCAUCACGCUGCCGGUGGCGCCCUCGGGCGUGGCCGUGGGCGACCAGGAGAAGACGGACAUGGCGGCCCCGGUCAGCCAGUACGCCUUCAAAAGCAGCCCGCAGGAGGCCCCCGUGGACUUCAGCCCCGGAGGCCCCCGGGGGGACCCGCUGCUGGCGAGGGCCGCCCCGCUCGCGCCUGCGUCGCCUGCAGGCAACGUGUCCGUCGACUCCGGCGUGCUGGACGUGUCCGGCGGAAGCAGCAGCAGCGAGAGCCUGGGGCUGCCGUCGGCCGAGCUCUUCCGCAGCGACGAGGACCUCAGCGGCGCCGACCUGGCGGCCCCGAUGGCCCCCGCGCGCCUGCCCAGCAUCGAGAGCGCCUUCAGCCGCGUCGGGGAGGCCUUCCGGGGCCCCGACGACACCGGCGCCGAGCCGCCCCCCGCCCACACCUCCGAGCCUCCCCCGCCCGCCCACUCUGCCGAGCAGUCCCCAUCGUACGCUACACUAAGAACGGUCACCUCCGUGUCGUCCUUCACGCCCUACCCGCCGCAGUCGACGCCCCUCCCGUCGCCGCCCGCGCCCGUCAGCCUCCCGUACGCCCACGAAUCCCUGUACGUCGACGCCAUGGGCUCCCUCGGCCAGUACCAGACCAUCAGCCCGCCCGGAAGCCUCCUCACGCCCACGGACUCGGUCCACAGCCACCUCAUGCCGCCCAUACACAACUACCCGCCCGAAUAUGCAUUGAGAUACGCGGAGCACCCCCCGAUGGCGGGCACGAACGGCGGCCUGGCGCUGGCGUACCCCCCCGGGGCCGUGCCCAGCGGCUGUAGCUUCAGCAGGGGAGUCCCUCGACCCUCGUCCUCGGCGUCCUCGCCCUCCUCCUCAGCCAUCGGGAUGAACAUGAUCGGCAACGGCGGGUGUCCCAGGACGGGCCCGGGGUCGCGCGGGGGGCGGGCGCGGUCGCAGCGCGUGCACGAGAAGCUGUCCCGGGAAGAAUACAAAAAGUCCGCGUGCGACCGCGAGCGCCAGCGGAUGCGGGACAUGAACAGCGCCUACGACGUCCUGCGGGACCGCCUGCCCUUCUCGAAGCCGCCGGGGAAGAAGUGCUCCAAGAUGGACAGCCUCAGUGGGAGAGAUCGCUUCCCUUCCAAGUUGGAGACGUUGAGACUCGCCAUCCGGUACAUCCGCCACCUCGUCAACGUGCUCUCCGUCCCGACUGGCAGCAUCUACCCCGAGUACGACCCGCCGCCCUACAACGUGUCCUCCGUCCCGACGAACCUCCGCCUGCAGCACCGCAUCUACUCGCACCCGCCGUCCACGGUGUCCGCGGACUCGCACGCCCCCGCCAGCAUCGCCCUCUACACGUCCGCCGCGCACGGCCUGGAGGGGAUCGAAUACCAGUACAUGCCGCAGGGCCUGACCACGUCGACCCUCUCCCACGCCGACUACCUCAGGGACUCCAUCUGGCAGUCGGAGACGCCCCUCGCCGAGUAUCAGUACUGAGGCGCCCUUCGCAUCGCCCGUAGCGGCUACUGGGGGGCUCAAGGCGAAGGUCCUGACAUUCACAGUGAUUGCUCAAAAAUCCUAGUUGUCUAGGAGAAGAGUCUUGCCUUAUCAAAGUAUUUUCGCAUUUUUCCCGAAGACAAAAGACCUCCUUGUCUCUAGGCGGAGUACCAACUUGGGUAAUAUUUACGAGCUAGUCAUUUUCCAAACCAAAGUGCUCUUUGUAUCGCUGAGGAACGCCGGGGGGGGGGGGAGCAACGAGGGAUCAGAAGCCUGCCUAAGAGGAAGACGGAAGUCAUUUGAAAAUCCGUCCGUGAUAAGGAAAAGGGAAUUAAGUAUAACGAGAGUGUCGUGUGAACUAGUUAAUCCUCACGAGUUUUCUUUAAAUGAAUGCAGUGUAUAUUCUUGAGUGCAGGAACACACACAGGCCCUCAGCUUUGAGGACAGAAACGUUAUCUGUAUGUUAUAAUAUUGAGAGUACUUCAUAUAUACACCAAUGUAAAGUUCAUACAAGUAGACUGUAUAUGUGCUUUACUUGUUCAGCACUAUUGUUAUAAUCUGAGAAUAGAAAACUUGUACUCCCUUAUACCUGGGAAAAUCUAUUCUUUUGGAAAUUCAUGUAUAAAGAGAGGUCCCUGUAAUAUUUAUUUGACAGCGUGUGUUUUAAGCUUUGUGAGCAGGAAAAUCGUUAAUUAGAGGCCUGCGUCCUUCAUGAGGCCAUUUGUAGGGAGCGAGCCAGCAAAUGGGAUAUUUCCUCCAUGAUACCAGGGGCCUAUACAAUGAAGACCGCGUUCCCUCAGCGAUUUUGAAACCAAAAACCGAAAACCCGAUGAGAAUGUCACUGCAAAAUGGUGGUCUGAUACGCCAUCGUCUCAUUGGAUCGCUUGAUGACCAAAGAAAAAGUCUUUUCGUUAGAAUGUUGCCUUAUUUACAUCUCGACUGUUUUAGACGGAAGAGAAUGUCAGAGUGCCAUGCUGGCUCGAUCUUUAUACUGUUAUGUAAUGUCUCAGACGCGCUUUGGAACGAGUCCUUUGGAAAAAAAAAUUCACUAAGCAGAGCAUGGUUCUUUAGUUAGAAAAAAUAAGGAUAGCUACUAAAUCCGACUAGGAAAACAUUAAAGAAGCUGGUACUGUCAUGUAAAUCAGUAUCAGAAACAGAGAGGGUAGGUAUAUUCUCAUAUUAAGUAUGUUAAGGAAUCCGAAAGAGUUAUAAUUCUUUUCGAAGCUGUCGACAAGCUCUACUCUACUUUAGUUAUAAUGUAGUUUUAUUUAAUUUAUGCUUUACACUCACCGAAGACAGUAUCCUAAGAAGAGAGUACAUUUUCAAUAUUUCUAGUCAUACGCCGACCAAAGUACACGUCUCUAAGCGCUUGUUUUGUUGUGGGCUCAGCCAGCUACCACGUCCAAGAAGAUACCCUUUUGGACGAAUAUCUGAAGAAAGCUGAUAUUUUGCCAUUUUACUUUUUUUUAUCCUCUCUUACUGCAACUACGAGAGUCUAUAUAGAUCAAAGACUAAAUAAGCCAUUUUUUUUCUUUUUCUUGUGUAGUCUUUGAUGUAAAUAUACUUAUGGGAUGAACCGCCUCGUCUGUUUGCUGGCGACGCGGUGGUCCCCUUAUCGUUAAGUUAUGUGUACCUGUUGUGGAGAGAUUGAAUGACUAGAUUAUAAGUGUAAUAUUCGCUAGUCCAUAUUUACUUUUGUGUUUGUUAUGUUAUUUGUUCAGUAAAUGAAUAUGAAAAAAUA